CCUCGGUCUUGGGCGGCGCCUGCGGACGUGAGCGAGCUCAGCUCGCUGUGUGAACUCGUACACACUCUGCGAGCCACACUCUCACCGCAGCACAUUCCCACACUCUCACACUCUCACACUCACGCACACUCUCACCGCAUUCUCGCACUCACACUCACCCCUCGCUCGCUCACCCAACACUCACUCCCAGAAGCCUUAUAAACCCCCCGCUCGCAACAACUUUCACUCCAUCCCAUCAUGGUCAACCGCCCUCGCGCCGGCACCGCGCCCUCGUCCACCCGCCCGCCCACGCUCACGCAGCUCACGCCCCUCGCGCGCUCCCGCUCGCCCUCGCUCUCCGCCCCCCCGAUCCUGACCACUGUUCCUUCUGUCUCUGCCUCUGCCUCUGCCUCCUCUGCCUCUGCCUCUACCUCGACCUCCGGCCACUCCUCGCUUUCGUCGCUGACGCACCCCCUCCCCCCUAUCCUUGCCCCUGCGCCCUUCCCCGCGCCCCACCCCUUCGCCGACUUCUUCGCCGCUGCUCACUCCCCGACCCCCAGUCCUUCGCCCGACCCCAUCCUGUCCGAGCCCAUGCCCUCGCCCGCCACCGCGCCCGCGUACAUCACCGAGCUGCGCCACCGCCUCGUGGACGCGCUCCACGAGGUCCAGCACCUGCUGGGCUCGGUGCGCCGCUCCGAGCUCGACAACGACUACCUCUGCCACCAGGUCACGAAGCUUACGAUCCAGCGUGAGGCGCUGCGCGACGAGCUUGAGGCUCGUGGGCGCGGCGCGGUGGGUGUGAGUACCGAGAGCCAGAGUGCGGGCGGUGCGGUGGGUGUGAGUAGCGAGAGCGAGAGUGGCGGCGGCGCGAUAAGUAUGAGCACCGAGAACGAGAGUGGCGGCGGCGCGGUGAGUACGAACUUCGAGAGCGAGAGUGGCGCGGAGAGUAUCGAGAGCGAGAGCGACGACGGCCCGAGUGACAUGGUCAGCGGUGAGUACGAGAGCGAUAACAAAGUCAAUACCGCCGACGAGGACAACACCUGGGAGGAGGACACUGGUGAGUACGAGGAAGAGGCCGCUUAGUCUCGUAGAGCAGUACGCGCCGUAGAUCAUGUAGCCCGGGUGGUCGAGUGACCCCCGUCGGACUGGGACUCGUAAAUUGUGACAUGAACAGUUUCGUGUGUGGCA